GUUACAUGCAUGUGUGCCAGCGCUUUUCGUGGUUGUCCUGUCGCCUGCCGUUUCUCUUUCCUUUGGUCCUGCAGUGACCAUUCCCUCACAAACGGCCUCAGGAAAAGGCUUUGGCCAUGUCUUCCCUACCUGUCCUGCUCUUCCUGAGUCUGUUCCACUUUGUCGUUCUGACACACAUAAAUGGUGGAGCGUUCUACGGACACAAGCAACACCCUCAGCCAUACCAACCAAAGCAGCACCAUCAGCACUUGGGCAAAGGCAAUGGUGGCUUCCCCCAACAACAGUACCUCGGCAAGGAAGUGCCCUAUAUGCAGUAUCCCCAUUAUAGGAAGGAGGUCCCCCAGAUGCCAACACUCAAGGGCAAACAAAACAUUCGAGAUGGGGGUGCCUAUCUAGGUGGACAAGACAAAGGUCAGACAAUCCCUAGUGGAGUUGAGGGUGGUUUGCAAGGAGAACCAUGUCCAGCUGGACCACCUGGACCGGCAGGACCUCCUGGACCUCCGGGGCAUGGACAACCAGGUCCUUCAGGUCAACCUGGACCUCCAGGACCGCCAGGAAUACCUGGAGUAGGAAAGCUGGGUUUGCCAGGCUUGCCAGGGAAGCCAGGAGUAAAUGGUGAGGCUGGGCCUCAAGGAGGAAUGGGCCCUAGGGGUGACGAAGGUCCGACAGGACAACCAGGGCCUCAGGGACCCCCAGGACCACCAGGACUUCCAGGAUUAGGCAGACCUGGAGCACAAGGAUUACCAGGUCAACUGGGACCCAAAGGAGAGCCUGGUCACAAGGGCUUUCCUGGAUUACCUGGGUUACAAGGACCCAAAGGAGACAAAGGGAUUGGGCUGCCAGGACAACCUGGGCACAAAGGACUUCCAGGGCCACCUGGAAUUGCUGGUCCACGAGGGUUGCCUGGUUUUGGGAAACCAGGUCUAAAUGGAGCUCCAGGUCCACAAGGUCCAAAGGGGGAUAAAGGAUAUCCUGGUGAGACAGGACAGCCAGGGCAGCCUGGAGAAGACGGUCAGCCUGGUCCACCAGGGAUUCCUGGUCUGGGAAAACCAGGUCAAAAUGGCCUGCCAGGGCAGCCAGGUAUGCCAGGUGGGAAAGGUCACCCAGGACCAACUGGUUUGCCAGGAAAACCAGGGUUACCAGGAUUAGGUAAACCAGGAUUACCUGGUCCAAAGGGUGACAAAGGGAUUAUUGGGCCACCAGGACUUCCAGGACCUAAAGGAGAUAAAGGUCAUGGUGGAUUACCUGGCAUGCUUGGAUCCCCUGGACUAAAUGGUCCACCAGGUCCUCCAGGCCUUAUGGGACCCCCAGGAAGCAUUGGUCCACCCGGUUCUAAAGGAGAAGAUGGAGAUGCAGGACCAAGAGGUCUUGAUGGGGCCAAGGGUGACCAAGGUCUUCCAGGACUACCUGGAGACAAUGGUUUGCCUGGGGAUCCAGGAGAACCAGGACCAAGAGGUUCACCAGGAGUAAUUGGUCCCAAAGGGGAAGUAGGGCCUAAGGGUUCACUUGGUAUGUCAGGUCCGCCUGGGGCUCCUGGUCCAAAAGGUCAAAGUGGAUUACCUGGUGAAGUUGGGCCUCAAGGUCCAAAAGGAAUCCCAGGUCGAAAUGGUGCAACAGGACCAAUUGGUCCCCCAGGUUCUCAAGGACCUAAGGGUGAUACGGGCCCCCCUGGUCCACCUGGCAUAGCAGAAAAUGGAAGUCCGGGUGUACCUGGUCCCAUUGGAGCUCCAGGAAGAGAGGGUUCUCCUGGGACAGCUGGACAACCAGGUCAACCUGGCCCUCCAGGUCCACCGGGGCCACCAGGAGUACCUGGCUUCUCUCCUGAAUUGGCUGGAGUUCUCUCUGAAAUGGGUCCAGGUCUGGAUGGUGUCAAGGCUGGAAGUUAUGCUAAAAAGAGUAAGUAUGGUGAAAAUGGAGCAGAAGUGAUGGGUGUCAGCGGUCUGGAGAUGCCCGCUUUCACAGCCAUAGUGACCACUCCUUUUCCACCUGUCGGAAGUCCCGUCAUAUUUGACAAACUCUUGUACAAUGGCCGCCAAAACUAUGACCCCCAAACAGGAAUCUUCACCUGUGACGUGCCUGGUAUUUACUACUUUGCCUACCACAUUCACUGCAAAGGAACCAACGUGUGGGUGGCGUUGAUUCGAAACAAUGAACCAGUGAUGUAUACCUAUGAUGAAUACAAGAAAGGUUUCUUAGAUCAAGCUUCGGGAAGUGCAGUAUUACCUUUGCAGGCUGGGGACACGGUGCACAUCAUGCUACCCUCAGAUCAGGCUUCAGGACUCUAUGCUGGGCAGUAUGUGCAUUCAUCCUUUACUGGGUAUUUGUUGUAUCCAAUGUAACACAUUUCAGGCUUAUCACAGGAAAAACUUAGGGAAUAUGUUGUACAGUACAUAAACAAGAAUUAUUCUUAGACAUAGUCAGUAAAUAACAAUAUGGUUAACAAAGGUACAAGAAAACAUCAACACUCUGAAACCUUGUAGCCAUUUUAAAUGGCACAGCAAAGAAUGAUGCAGUUUUUCUUGCAAUCUAAACAAUACAAAUACAUGGAAAGAACAUCUCAAUGAACCUAAGCAAUUGCAAAAAGAGCAUAUUUGAAAAUACAAUUGCGCAAAUAUGCAACCGUUGCUGCAACAAAUUAAAUCUCUAGUUUUUUUACAAGUUAAAAGUUGGCAGCUAAUUUAAGUCAUGCAAAAACACCAUGAAAAAUGUAUGAUACAAAAAUCAAGUACAAAUAAAGAAGUAAAUGCAAAAUGUGCUCUUGUCCACAAACCUUUGCACAGAUAACAAGCAUAGAUUUACCACCUGAAAGUGACAGCGCUGAUUACAAGAACUGCAUAGACAUUAAAAAGUUAAUAUAAAUUAAAGAAGCAUAGACAUGCUUGAAAUGUCACUUAGUAGUAAAUAGACAUUCAAAGUUGUUUUCUUACCUUCUUUCAGCUGACAGAAUUCACUCAAUUGACUGCUACCAUAAUUAGAUCACCAACAGUGGAUGCAAUUAAAUCUAAAUAUGUUUGAGAAAGUGCUUGUAAUUGGGAUUACAUUGGUGAGUGACUAUAAUUAUUUUACACUGUGCUCAUGUGGUGUUUUAAUUAAACAUUUUUAGUUGUCCCUUUCAGUAUAAAUGUACUGUUUUGAAAUUUAAAAUAAUCUUAUACACAUUUUUUACAUUUAAAAAAAAACUGAACUGGUUAUUUUUAAGUUUUAGAAUUUUUAGAGCCGAGGAAUUUGUGGGUAUUCUUCACAAUAUAAAACCCAAAACAGUGCACAAAAUUAAAAUGUCUGUAGUUAUCAGAGUUAAAACACAAAAAAGCAACUAUCUUUUAAAUGAAAUCCAGCAUGCAUGUCCAAACCCCUGCUCACAUAUUAAAACUUAGAGUUUAAAAACUUUGUGUUUCUGUUUAUUUUUGUUCAGCUGCACACUUUUUUUGGGUAAAUAUUAACUAAUGACUAUCCUGCUAUUUCUUUUAUCACAAAAUCAUUUUUAAAAAAUCCAUAAUUGGAUAACGUUUUUAUUUACUAAUUAAAUAUAGAAGGUGCAAAAAGUCAGAAUGUGAUUUCAAAAUAAAAGCAAGUGCAAUUCACUUUAGUUGGACUACAGUAUGCAUGUUUUAGGGUGGUAUUUGUUUGAAAGUACCUGAUGUUCAAGAUGUUGCUGUCUUAAAGCCACAUUUCACAAGAACAUUUAUGUCAAUAAUGUUUAAAAUUCACAUAUUUGACUGUUUUCUUACACAAAUACAAAAAGAGAAAACUGUAAAGAAUGAAACCAUAAGGGGGAGUGACCAUGGUCCUGAAAAUGUAUUUGUAAUCAGAUAAUAUGUGUAAAAUGUUUUAUGUUUGUCUGUUUGUUUGUUUUCUAAAUAAAGU